AUGAUCGGUAUCGUUGCCGGUGGUGGCAGGACAGACAAGCCCCUCCUGAAGGCCUCGCGCGCCAAGCACAAGUUCGCUGUCAAGCGCAACCGCUGGCCCAAGACUCGUGGUGUUGCCAUGAACCCGGUUGACCAUCCCCACGGUGGUGGUAACCACCAACAUAUCGGUAAGGCGUCGACCAUCUCGAGGUACGCUGCGCCGGGUCAAAAGGCGGGUCUCAUUGCUGCGAGGCGGACGGGUCUGCUGCGUGGUACCCAGAAGACGAAGGAUUAA